GAAUCUCUGAAAAAGCCGGUCACCGAGCUGACGUUGUUGCGCUAUCUCUGAAAUGGCAGCGUCAAGAUUUGGGGGAAGCAUUUUAAAAUAUGUCUCUCAUCUAAACCCCAACAAUACAGCUCCUGCACGGUUCUGCUUCUCCAGAGGCUUCUCUUCUACCUUGUUCGUCAAAGGUAUAUCUUUCAAAGCCACAGAGUUCACUUUAGCUGAGUCAUUUUCAAAAUUUGGUGAAGUACUUGAAGCCAAGAUUAUAAAGGAUAAAGAUAAGAACAGGUCUAAAGGUUUUGGUUAUGUGACCUUUGCCACAGAGGAAGAAGCAAGUAGGGCUUUGAUAGAAAUGAAUGGGAAGUUGCUAGAAGGACGAGUAAUCUUCGUAGACAGAACCACAGAUAGGCAAAAAAUUCGAGAAGCCAGGAAGACAAUUGCUAAUUUAACUUGGCACAGACACAAUGAAGAGGAAGUAGAAAAGAAGAAAUGAAUGAAUAUACCAUAAUUGUUAGUUUUUUUAUGAAACAUUGCUAUUGAAGUUUUUUUCUUCUUUUCAGAAGAGGUAGAUUUGUAAAGACUAUAAUUUACUAAUGGCAAGGAAGCCGGACGCUGCUGACGGCCGUGCCUCAAAAAUUACUU